AUGGGAGAACAACCAAGACUGAGAAUAUUAGGGAAUUAUGCAGUUCUUAAUCUCCAAGGAUUCAACUCUUCUAUUCUGAGACCUACAAUUCAGGCCAACCACUUUGAGAUAAAACUUGCACUUCUAAAUCUGGUACAGCAAGACCAAUUUGCUAGACACCAUUCAGAUGAUGCAAAUCUGCACAUCUCUAAUUUCUUACAACUUUGUGACACAAUCAGAAUCAAUGGGGUAAGUGAGGAUGCAAUCAGACUUAGAUUAUUCCCAUUCUCAUUGAGGGAUAAAGCCAAGUGUUGGCUUCAAGCCCAGCCACAAGGGAGUAUAUCAACCUGGGCUGACCUGGUGAACAAGUUCCUAAUCAAAUAUUUUCCUCCUUCAAAAGCUGCAAAAAUCAGAGGGGAGAUUACAUCUUUUGUUCAGCAAGAAGGAGAGCCAUUAUGUGAGGCAUGGGAAAGAUACAAGGAGUUAUUAAGGAAAUGUCGUCAUCACUGCAUACCUGAGUGGAUGCAACUUGAAACAUUCUAUAAUGGAAUGACUGCUGCAACUAAAACCAUGAUAGAUGCAGCAGCUGAUGGUUCAUUGAGUUCAAAAACUUUAGAAGAAGCCCAACAAAUCAUAGAAAUGAUGGCAUCCUCGAUGUAUCAAAAUAUGAAUGAAAGACAAGCUAUAAGGAGAGGAGGAUAUGAUGUAAAAUCCAUAGAAGCCAUGUUUGCUCAAAAUCAACUUCAGAAUCAACAAUUUUCUGAACAGCUUGCUGCCCUGACUCAACAAAUAAGUAACAUGCAGACUGGUGUGGUCCAAAAUUCAAAAUUGAAUUGUGAUUUCUGUGGUGGCAACCAUGUGAAUGGAGCUUGUGAUCCCACAGUUAUAGAACAACCUGAUAAAAAUUCUAAUGCAAGAGGAAAUACAGCUACUGCACCUUUCCAAAGUGCAGCUCCUCAAGUCCGGCAACAAUAUUUUCAAGGAAGUUCUUCUACACAAUUUCAGAAAAAUCAAAGGUAUUCAAAUUCAAGACCCUUGAGUGAGAAAGUGAAUGGAAUUGAAGAAACAUUACUGCAGUUCAUGAAGGUGACAAAAAUGAAUUUUAAAAAUCAAGAAAGUUCUAUAAAGAAGCUAGAAACACAAAUUGGGCAGUUGGCUGAGCAACUGGCCAAUAGAGAUGAAGGAAGGUUUCCUAGCAGCACAAUAGUGAAGCCAAAGGAACAAUGCCAAGCAAUAACCACUCGAAGUGGAGCAGUGGUUUCCAGCCCAAGAAAGAAAAAUGAAGUCACCAAUCCGAAGGAUGAAAGUGAGCUGAAGCAAGAAGAUUUCAAAAGUGGAAAAUAUACUAUGUUAAAGACAGGAGAUGAUGACGAAAACUGCAGUAUCAAGCAAGAAAAGAAGGGCAAGAAGUAG